AUGAGCGCGCUCACGCAGGCCGAAGAGGCGCAGCUGAAGACGCUGCUGCAGGACGCCGUCGUGUCUUGCACAGAGCGCUGCCUCUACCAUUCUGCGAAAUGGGCUGCAGAACUGCUCAACUCGCUGCCUGCCUCAGACGACGACGGCUCUGACACGGACGUCGACUCGCCCAUGUCGGACGCCGCGCCACCACAGACACCAAGUCCACCCACCAGAGAUGCCACCGAGCAACGCCUAGAGGCGCGAGAGGCACACAGAUUCCUCCUCGCCAAGACGUACUUUGACUGCCGCGAGUACGACCGCUGCGCCGCCGUCUUCCUCCCAGGGCCUCUGCCCCGGGGCGCUGUCCAUGCCAGCUACUCGCCGACUGCGAGCGCGAAGAACGCGAAGAGUGCGCACAAGGGCAAGGCACGGGCGAGCACAUCGGCCGCCUCGACGUCCACCUCGACCGCCGACCUGGUUGCAGGACUCAGCCAAAAGUCGCUGUUUCUUGCCCUCUACGCAAAGUACAUUGUGGGUGAGAGGCGCAUGAACGAGGACAGUGAGAUGAUUCUGGGCCCGCAAGAUGGCGGCGUCAUGCUGAACAAGGAGCUGCCUGGCAUUUCCACCGUCCUGGAGCAAUGGUUCUCCCAGCUUCCCAAUAGUGCACGACAGCCCCAGGGAUGGCUAGAGUACCUCUACGGCAUCGUGCUCGCCAAGGGCAAGAACGAGAAGCUCGCCAUCGACUAUCUCCUGCAGAGUGUGCAGCAGUACCCCUACAACUGGGGCGCGUGGCAGGAGCUUACCUCCCUGCUGGGAACCAACGAGGAGCUGCAAGACCUCGCCCACCAACUGCCGCCCAACUUGAUGACGCUGAUCUUCCACAUCACCACCUCGCAGGAGCUAUACCAGGUCAGCGAGACAGUGCACAACUCUCUCACACAAAUCAUGUCCAUCUUCCCAACUUCCGCCUUCCUCAAAACCCAGCGCGCCUUACUACACUACCACAGCAAAGACUUUGACGAAGCCGAGCACAUCUUCUCAGACCUACUCAUCACCGACCCAUACCGCCUCGACUAUCUCGACAACUACUCAAACAUACUCUACGUGAUGGAGAUGAGACCGAAACUUGCCUUCUUAGCACAACUAGCCACAGCGACAGACAAGUUCCGGCCAGAGACAUGUUGCGUGGUCGGCAACUACUACUCUGUCAAAUCUGAACACGAAAAAGCUGUAAUGUACUUCCGCCGCGCACUCACACUAGACCGCGCCUUCCUCUCCGCCUGGACACUCAUGGGUCAUGAAUUUGUCGAAAUGAAGAAUACCCACGCCGCUAUUGAAUCCUACCGCCGCGCCGUUGAUGUCAACAGAAAGGACUACCGCGCAUGGUACGGUCUAGGCCAAACCUACGAAGUCCUCGAAAUGCAUUCGUACGCCCUCUUCUACCACCAGAGGGCUGCGGCGCUGCGUCCCUACGAUCCCAAGCUAUGGAUGGCAGUUGGUCAGUGUUUCGGCAAAGUAGGAAAGGUCAUGAACGGUAUCCGCGCCUACAAGCGUGCGCUGGUCGCAGGCUCUUACUACGAUGCCGGCGCCGCAUCAUCCUUUGGGAGUGGCGAAGCUGCACUUGGAGGCGGCAUCCUGGACCCAGAAGUGCUCUACCAGAUUGCCCUUCUCUACGAGCGCAUUCGUAACAUGGCCGAGUGCUCAGCCUACAUGGAGCUCGUGCUUGCUCAGGAAGAAGGCCCUGAUGUGGAUGAGGUGGGCUCAGAUGGCGGAGGCGGCGUCGGCGUGACACCGACAACGAGCAAAGCGCGCCUGUGGCUGGCGAGGUACGAGUACCAACGCGGCAUGUAUCAGCGUGCUUCAGAGCUUGCGAAUGAGCUCUGUCAGGACAACUUCGAAGUCGAGGAUGCGAAGGCUCUGAUCAGGGAUGUACGGGCGAGACAAGAGGCGAAUUAG